AGAGGCCCCUGGACUUGACUCGCAUCCAUGCUUCUCAAAUUGAGCUCCAAAGUAGGCUUGGAAAACACGUUGCCUGACUUAGCCAUUUUCAGGCAGUUUCCCAGUUUUGGCAUAGCCUUUUGGUCAGGUUCAAAAAUGGUCUUCUGGACAUUCUAUUGAGCUCCCAAGUACUUUAAUGUGUAGAUGGACACUUCAGCUUCAAAACAAGCCUAUAAUCUCCAAUUUCCAUCUAGCCAAUUGUAAGAUAUGAAUCUCCAAAGUAGACACCAUGAAACUAUUUUUACACUGUAACAACAUAUUAGGUCGACCUAAUCCUAUAUGAGGUCGAUCGAAAAGUGCAUGUCACGGUGACAUGCAUGUCACCGUAGCAAAGUCCAAUAAUAAUUGACUAACAUAAUCUUGUUGACAAGGGGGAAAGUGAAAGAGUGAAAUGAGAAUUGAGAGAAAUGAAUUAGAUUUUGAUUAAGGUGGUCACUCAAUUGCAUUUCUACUAUUUAUUUUCUCAAGUUAUCCUCGUCAUCAUUGAUAGAUUAUAAUUUGAUGCACAUAUUUUUUUAUAUAUGAAGAAAUUAUCUUGGUGGGGCGGGUAUGGGGAUGGGUAUGGGGCGGGGAAGGCUAAAACCAUACCCGCCCCAUACCCAUCAAACUUUUUGCGGGUUUUACCCAUACCCGGUCAAAGCGGGGAUUCCCCGCGUUGACUAGGUCGGGGGCGGUCGGAUACCCGCGGCCAUGGGUUUGAUUGCCAUCCCUAGGUAAGACGCGACGGGGAGGAUUAGUCGAUUCUCUCGUUCUGUAAUGACAAGGUAAUAUAGUAUGGAUGAAUGUAAAAUUCAUUAUGUGUUUAAUUAUUUAUCAUUUUGAAAAUUUCAGUGAGAAGUUAAUUAUUGGUUUCAGACGGUGACAAAAAUGUAAGAAAAUAGGCGGAGAUAAAAGAUGAAAAGGUGCCAAAAAUUAUUCCAUCGUUAAGAAGGAUAAAGAUUUUGAGUCAUUUCUAUCGAAGUAUGUAUGAAGAUACUCUGAACAUAUUUUUUAAUGAUCACAGUACACAUGUUUAUGUAUCUCUGUCUCAUACUCCAUCGACUCUUAACAACCCGAUAGUAAAAAAUAAGCUUCAUCAAUCGUUAACCUAACUUCUACAUCAUAUCAAGAUCGCUCAACAUUCAGCGAUACCUCCUCUUAUUAAACAAGUCCCUCCAGAUUCGCGUCCUUAUCAUGCAGGUAGUUUCUAGUAGAUUCCAUUGUGAUGAAACCAUUGUAGCAAGAAAUUUUGUGAAAGUCAACCGGAGAAGCUUCUCCAUCUAGAACCGUCACAAGUCCGAGGUGGAGACGGACACAUACGUACAACAAUCCAAACACAACGAGGAAACCAAAUGUUGACUUUUCUGCAUGCCGGAAUCCGCAAGAAAGCCGGCUUGAAGCCCAAGCCUAAUAAGUAAUAAUUAACUUUCCUCCUCAUUAUUAAUUUCCCUAUAAAUUCAGCAUAACCAAACAGGCUUUCCUUUCCAUUCACCAAUCCUUCAAAGAAAUCAAAGCUCCUCAGCAAACAGACGUUAGACAAUCCAUUCGAAAUUUCGAAUAAUGGCCGGCCAGCAGUAUUACUUCUUUCCCACGGAUUUCUACUACCCGCGCCCACCACCGCCGCCGCCGACAAAAGACGCUUUCGUAGGAGCCAAGCCACCGGCGGCCGUCGAGAAACACGCCGCGGCACAACCGCCACCGCCUGCAUCUUCCCAGUUCGCAGUUGGUCGUGAUGAGAAGUACGGAAAGGCAAAGAAGAAGAAUGUUGUUCCCAAACUCGAUAUCUCCUUCAAGACGACGUCCUCAAAACGGAUCGCAACCAGCCGCACCGUGCUACGAAUUAACGGAAAUUAACCUUUCGCCGCCGUUUUCGGUGACUAAACUGUUACCUUCCACGUGUUCUUUCGGCUAAUUGCUGAUGAUUUUUUGUACGUAUUCAUGAUGUAUGUAAUUUGUUUAGAUUGUUUUCAAGAUCCCUAUCAGAAAACUCUAUUUGUUGAGGGUACAAUGUAACAAAGUAUGUUACCAUCUUAUCAUUUAUCGCUUAUUUCAAAAGAGUAACAAAAACUAGCUAAAUUUUGCUAAUUGACAAAUUCAUCCCUGAUUUUUUUUUAAAAUAACAACUAUAAUCAUUAAAUUUUCAAUUCAUAAUGAUCUUUAUAUCUAAUUGUCAAUCCUUCAAGGCUUCAACUCGAUUAUGUAUUAACAACAACAACAUUGAUAGUAUUUGUUGUUCGUAACUAGACUAUAGUGAUAUACACAUGUGUUGUUCGUGAGAUACAAUUUUGUACAUCGAUCUUACUUAACACGUAGAUUUUUUCUUUUUGAGUUAGAUAUUUAACUUUUGUGUCAGAGAGCUGUGAUUUCAUAUUUUCCCGACUAGGGGUGAAAUAUGACAAUUAAAUAUGAUCUUGUAUUUUUUCACACAAAAGCAAAAACAUAAAGUCACAAAAGGUGUUCACUUUUAAUGAAUUGAUUAUUCUCCACCCUAUCGGCUAUAGUGUUUUAUAAACUAACAAGUUCUUACAUAAAACUGAUUAGGUGUGUCUUUUUUAUUUGGUGGCUACUUUAAUUUUUAUCAUCGCACUUUUCACAUACUAUUAUAUUAUAAAGUUAAUUCACUAAAUAAAUAUAAUUAGUGUGGUUAUUGUAGAUUUUGUGGGUUAACCGCGGUGGGUAGUGGAUAAUCACUAACCACAAAAAUCGUUAUUUUACCACCCACAUCCAACUCACUACCCACAACUUGUGGGUAUGGUUAUCCACAAUAGGUGCGAGUUGGUGUGGUUUGCGGAUUAUCCACAACCCAAACUUCCGCCACUAAUUUACAUAGAGCAGGAGAUCGAGCUUUGGCACCAUUAGUGGCCCCUCAACUUUGACUCACUUACUGACUGAUGAUUACGGGGCUCCGUUAUCAGAGAAGGCUAUUUAGCUGCUUCUUUGGAUUUUGUGGACGGCUGCUCUGUUACGCCAUCUUUUUAACAUGCUGGUUGCUGGUUGCUGACUUUACUGCAGCAUGGAGCAUGCAGAUGCAGUCCCACGUUAUCAUUUUAUUUUUUAAUGCCCCACCAUUUUCUUUCAGGUUAGCGAAGGAAGAGAUUAAGAACCACAUAUUAGAAAACAAAAAAUAUCUCUCCAAUGAAUUGAAGAGCUUCUCAACUACCGUUAUGUUUCAUAAAAUUCUUUAAAUUUUUUUUUUUAGGUCCAAACUCCAAGCAAUUAUUGAAUUAUUUUGUGUCGAAGUCACUGCUAGCAUGCGCAGUACUCCAUUAUUUAAUAUACAAAGAGUCCCACAGUGUCAGAGACCAAACUGUUUUUUUAAUUUUUCCUUUCUGUGGAGGUCUACACAUUUGAACACUACAGUUCUUAUUUCUCCAAAUCCCACACGCCUCUCUCUCCUCAUGGGUUUGAUUUGCAAAAUGACCACUAAAGCUCUGGAAUAAGCUCACCAUUGAACUCUCUAAUUGUUCUUCUUAAGUAACUAACAAAGUAUCGAUAUACGAUUGUCGAGAUUUUUGUUCGGGUUGUUUGGACCGACGUGUCAAUUUACUCGAAUUAAUGGUGGAAAAUGACCACAUAUGUUGAAACUUUAGUAGUUUAGCAAAGCUGUCGAGUUGGAUCGAAGGAGUAUUUUAAGGUGACAUGGGUUUCAUGGUAUUAUAUAUGGUCAUAAACUCUAAAUAUUUUGUUUGAAUACGAAUGCUUCAAUCAAGUAAGAAAAGGGGUGAAGUUCGCCCAUCAAACGUAGCAUACAAUUAAGAAACUAGAUCAAGUAAU